UCUGAGGCAUUUGAUUCAACAUGGCGGAUUGACUGCAGUCAAUGACAUUUUUUGCCUAAAGAUGGCAACAGCUAAUGCCAUUCCAGCUCAACACAGCACAUCUGAAGGGAUUAUUAAAAAAUGCACAACAUAUUCAAACCUUCUGACUGAGUCAUCUGUAGCUGAUGAAAAUAAACUUAAAGCAGCUCAAGAAAUAAGUGAAAACUUUGAAACAAUAWUACAGUCAUCAAGCUAUCCCAGCUUUUUGGAACAUGCAAUCCCAAAAUUCAUUCAGUUUCUAAGAGAUGGAGAACCACAGUUUGUUGCAGAGAGCACCCUGCAGCAAAUAAGAAAGUUGCUUUUGGAAAUACUGCAUAGGAUUCCAACAAAUGAACAUCUGAGAACACAUUAUAAGUCAAUCCUCUCUCUCAUGUUCCUUCUACUGGAGGUUGAAAAUGAAGAAAAUGUACUUGUAUGCUUACGUGUUAUCAUUGAACUUCAUAAGCAGUUUAGACCACCACUUCAGCCUGAGAUCCAACAUUUCCUGCAGUAUGUCAAAACUAUCUACAAAGAACUUCCAGUCAAUGUGAAACAAAUAUUUGAGGUGGUGUCCAUAUCAGCAACAGGAUAUCUUCCCAGUGAAAAUCAAGGCAGUGCACUAUCAAAUGCAUCAUCUCAGGGUACUACUCCUGUUGGUACCCCAGCUGCUUCUCCAAUGAGUACUGGUGAUGGAGCGGGGGGGAAAUCUGCUCAGCAGACAACUAUUCCUAAGGCCAUCAACUCUCUUAAAGUCUUGGCAGAGCUCCCAAUAAUUGUUGUUCUCAUGUAUCAGCUUUACAAGCAGAAUGUAUACAAUGUUGUAGCUGAUUUUAUUCCACUUGUAAUGAGUACUAUAGUCUUACAGCCUUCAUUGAAUGCAAGAAAAUCUCCAAGUUUUAACAAAGAAGUCUAUGUAGACUUUGUAGCUGCACAAAUUAAAACCUUAUCCUUCUUGGCAUAUAUCAUUAGGAUUUAUCAGGAGAUGGUAAACACAUAUUCACAAAACAUGGUUGGAGGUCUGCUAGGAUUAUUGCGAUAUUGUCCACAGGAAGUUGCUCAUUUAAGGAAAGAGUUGCUUAUUGCUGCAAGACAUAUUUUGGCAACAGACUUGAGAAACAGAUUYGUCCCUCAUAUUGACCAGUUAUUUGAUGAGGAAGUCUUGAUUGGUACUGGUUGGACCACAAGAGAAUCUCUUCGUCCUCUGGCUUAUAGCACCCUUGCAGACCUUGUACACCAUGUACGCUCCCAUCUUCCUCUUCCUCACCUGUCAUUAGCUGUUAAUAUGUUUUCCAAGAAUGUUCAUGAUGACUCUUUGCCUGUCAGCAUUCAGACCAUGUCUUGUAAGCUCCUUUUGAAUUUGGUGGAGUGCAUCAGACAGAAAAGUGAUGAACAAGGAUCAGGAAGAGAAAUUUUGAUGAGGAUGCUAGAAGUCUUUGUCAGAAAAUUCCAGUCUAUUGCCAAACAUCACAUACCAGCUAUAUUUGAUAAGUGUCAGCAAGCUUCAGAAAGCUCAACAGCAUCAUCAUCAUCCUCUCCAUCACAAAAUAUAGGAACAGCUAACACUACAACAACUACUGCUACAACCACAACAGCUUCAACGGCAUCUAGUACAAGCACCACUGUAAGCACUGCUACAACAGGAAGUUUACUGAGUUCAUCUAGUACUGCUAGUACUUCUGAAGCACCACAAACAGAUCAAGAGAUAAUAAAUAAGAAACCAARCUCUUCGAGUCCAUCAGUAGCUCCAUUCAACAUUUUUUCUGUUCCUGACUGUCGAAGUAUGGUUAAGACAUUAGUAUGUGGUGUUAAGACUAUCACUUGGGGAGCAGGUUCUUGUAAGGUCCCUGGAGGUAACAAGACAUUUUUGCCUUGGGAAACACAGCUUUUCACAAGACUUCUGAAAUAUGCAUUACAAGCUUUAGAUAUCUAUCAAGUAUCAGUUACACCAAAUGGUCAAUACUUCUUAAGACCACCAAGCUCUCAGCAAGUAAGAAUGAAAGAGGAAAAAGAAAUUUUGGAACAUUUUGCUGGUGUGUUCACUAUGAUGAACACUUCAGUUUUUAAGGAAGUUUUCUCAUCAAGUAUAGAGUAUUUAGUUGAGAGGAUACACACAAACUAUGCCUUGCAGAUUAUUCCUAAUUCUUUUCUGGCAAAUCCUAACACUUCUGCAACAUUUGCAACAAUUCUGGUGAAGUUUUUGUUAGAAAGGCUUGAUGAAAUGGGAACAAAUGUUGACUGUUCCAACUUGUAUUUGAAACUCUUUAAACUGGUGUUUGGAUCUGUCUCCUUGUUUGCUUCUGAAAAUGAACAAAUGCUCAAGCCACAUCUUCAUGAGAUUGUUAAUAGAUCAAUGGAGUUAUCUUGUACCUCCAAGGAACCAUACAAUUACUUCCUUCUCUUGAGGGCUUUAUUCAGGUCUAUUGGAGGAGGAAGCCAUGACUUACUUUACCAGGAAUUUCUACCAUUACUACCAAACCUGCUUCAAGGUCUCAAUAACCUUCAGAGUGGAGUUCACAGGCAAUAUAUGAAGGACCUAUUUGUUGAACUAUGUUUAACUGUUCCUGUUAGACUCAGCUCACUACUACCAUAUCUGCCAAUGUUAAUGGAUCCUCUAGUCUCGGCUUUGAAUGGGUCACAGACUCUAGUCAGUCAAGGUUUAAGAACUUUGGAAUUAUGUGUAGACAACUUGCAGCCUGAUUUUCUCUAUGAUCACAUACAACCAGUCAGAGCAGAGCUAUUCCAGGCUUUGUGGAAGACUCUUAGAAAUUCAAAUGACAACAUUGCUCAUGUAGCCUUCAGAGUGCUUGGCAAGUUUGGUGGUGGGAACAGAAGAAUGCUUAAGGAGCCACAAAAGCUCACGUUUAAUGAUGCUGAUACAUUGGGAUCAUGUUUGGCAAUUUACUAUCCAGAAAGUGUUAAUCCUGUUACCAUUUCUGUUGGUCCAGUGAUAGAAAGAGCAUUGACCUUUCUCAAGACACUACCACCUAAUGUGACUGUUCUUCCACAACAAUCAUCUAUCAAUCUUGAUCACACUAUAUUCUAUAGAAAACAGGCUUGGAUAGUAGUCAAGUCAUAUCUGGCAGCAAUGAUAUCACUUGAAGACAAUGAUGCAAUUCUUACCCAAGUCCUUGGACAUAAAAGUUUUAAGGAAGGACAGCCUCCUGUGGUUAAUAAGACAGCUACUGUACCCUGUGGUGAUCUGCCUUCUAAAAACAUUAUAGAGCAAGCAUUAACAGGAGUACUUUUGUCAGCUUCAAUUAAGGAAUUAAGGUCAGAAGCAGUCCCAUUCAUGUGCAGUCUUGUUCGUCACUUCACACUAGUAGGAAUUGUACAGCAAGCUGGUCCAUGUCCUGUAAAGCCCCAAAACAGAUCCCACAGAGGAAUGGAUAUACAUAUCAUUGUUGACGCAAUAACUGCAGUCAUGGGAAUGGAAGAUAAGGAAUUCUGUAAAGUGGGAGAGUUAGCUGUUGCUAUAAUGAUUGAAACUGCUACUGCUGUAAUGGAUAAUGCUUACAAGGCAGCACAACUACCACUUUUUGAAUACCUGUCUGAAAAGUUGAUUGGGUGCUGCUAUGAAAGAGCCUGGUUUACCAAAAGUGGAGGGUGCACUGCUAUCUGCUUUCUCAUGAAAAGGAUGCCCUUGAGAUGGCUGAUUGAGCACCAACUCUCAUUCAUCAAUGCUCUAUUCUUUGUAAUGAUGGAUUUGACUAAUGAGGUGUCUGCUGGAACACUGGACAGUGCCAAGGAACUGUUGAUGAAUCUUAUUAGACAAUGUAAUACGCCAGUACAGGAAUCAGAAAAUGAAGAAAUUAAAGCAGUGCAGCUGAAAAUUUUCCCAACACUUUCUCAGCAUUUGAUCCGGGAAAUAGUUUCACCCAAUGAAACUGUCAGAAAACAGGCUCAGUUAUCGAUCAAUGUCCUUGCUGAGAUUUCAGGCAAGACAGUUUAUGAUAUAAUGGCACCGCACAAAGGGAUUCUUGAAGACAUGAUUCCUCCUAAGAAACACCUGCUACGUCAUCAACCUGUCAAUACUCAAAUAGCUCUCAUGGAUGGUAACACCUUUUGCACAACUCUAAACCCACGCCUCUUUAGCAUGGAUUUGUCCAUAGUAGAACAUAAGGUGUUUUUUACAGAGUUGUUGUCUCUCUGUGACGCUGAUGAUGCUCAUCUGCUUAAAUUACCAUGUUAUAAGUCUGUUCAGUCUUUAACACCUUUAAGGAAAAGUGCUUUACAUGCCUUAUCUGUGUGCAAUUACAUUGUUCAAGCAAGAGAAAAGACAUUCACAGUUCUUUAUAAGGCACUAAAUUCUCCAGUGGAAGACAUCCAAGAAACAGCCAAAGAAUGUCUAAAAAAGUUUAUGUCAGGACCACAGAUUGAUAUGGAACUGGUGCACAUGAGUAUCCGUCCCUUGCUAUUGAUGCUUGGUGAUUAUCGAAACCUGAAUCUACCCUUAAUGCAGCGUUUGUCACAUUUGAUGGAGUUAUUUCCUGGCUCUUUUAAUGAGAAACUCUGUGAACAGUUGUUGGCUCACCUAAAGAAAUGGGCAGAUGUUAUUAUCACAGUAACUACACAAGCACAGCAAACAUCUGGUGCAAAGAUACCCAGAAAAGCUGAAGAAGAUCUUAAGAUCUGUGAAGCUAUUAUCAAUAUGUUCCACUUGAUUCCUGCUGCCUCAUCCAAACUCAUUGACCACCUCAUUCAGCUUGUGCUUAAGAUAGAGAAAGUUCUUAUGAUAGAGGUUGGGAGUCCUCUGCGUGCACCAUUGUUAAAAUUUUUAAUUCGCUACCCAUCACAGACAUGUGACUAUUUCCUUCUUCAUAUUGCUGAGUCACAGAUGAACAGACUUCUCAUGCAUUACCUUAAAUUGAAAGAUGAUGCGAAGACACUGAGGACAACACUUGAAUCAUACUCACUUAUGCUUGUCAACAGCUUAUUUAACAUUCCCCAGCCACCAGAUGAUCAAGUUUCUGCAAUCCAGAAAAAGAUGGAGCUUCAGUAUCAAGGCAUUUUGAUCAUAAGACUAUUGGUAAAAUUCAAUGAUAACUGGCUUCCUGAGCAUCCUGUUAUUAUUGGCCACCUACGUAGAGUAUGGAUUUCAAAGAGUUUCCAAGACCGACUCAACAAGGAUGGCACUCCAGUCCAUCGGUGGAGAGAACCAAAGCUAUUGGUCAAAUGUCUGCUCAAUUACAUCAAACACCGACCAGGGGAAGUUGAACUGCUGUUCCAACUGUUAAGGGUAUUUACAAUGCGUCAUGUUCCAGACUUCCAUUUUCUGCGAAAAUUUCUUGAUGACACAGUUGCAAAGGGGUAUUCUAUUGAACAAAAAAGACAUGUCUUCUUCCAGUUUGUUAAAUUAUUUGAAGAUCAAUACUUUCCACAAGAACUUAAAGCAAAGGCUCUGCAGUAUGUACUGAUUCCCAUGUUUCAAGUGUCUCUGGAACGUGGUGAAGGAGAUAAUUUGAUCGGUGGUCCACCCAACCCAGAACAUGACAGUUCUGAGAAUGUAAUUAGUGUGUUUGUCUCUAAAGUUAUCAAUCCUGACAAUCCRUUUGGGACAUCAGAUGCUGUCAGAAUUUUGUUGCUUCAGUUCUCUGCUUUACUGGUGGAACAUGCUUCGCAGUACAUUCAUGAUGUAGCAAAUAAAAAACAAGGAACAAAGUUGCGUCGUCUUAUGACAUUUGCCUGGCCAUGUUUGCUGCCAAAGCAGUGUGUUGACCCAUCAACUAAAUAUCAUGGUCACCUUUUAUUAGCACACAUCAUUGCUAAAUUUGCAAUACACAAACGUAUAGUUCUUCAGGUAUUUCACAGUCUCCUCAAAGCUCAUGCUGUGGAAGCUCGUGGAGUUGUAAGGCAAGCCCUUGAUAUCCUUACACCAGCCAUGCCUGCUCGUAUGGAAGAUGGAAAUACAAUGCUAACACACUGGACAAAGAAGAUCAUUGUUGAGGAGGGGCAUACUGUUGCACAACUUGUACACAUGCUUCAACUGUUGGUGCGACACUACAGAGUAUAUUACCCAGUGAGGGUUUACCUGAUACAACAUAUGGUUAGUGCAAUGCAGAAACUUGGAUUUACAGCAAAUGCAAUCAUUGAACAUCGUAAACUUGCUGUGGACUUAGCAGAGGUAAUAAUAAAGUGGGAGUUGCAGAGAAUCAAAGAUGAACAAGAACAGUCAAAUGAGAGUGAGCAGCAGACAACAUUACAGGGAUCUCUGAAGAGGCCUGCUGAUGAAUCUACUGCAACAUCUCAUGAUACAAAGCGAACUCGCUCACUGUCACAGACUGCUGCUUCUUCAAGAGUUGCUGUUGCCAUACAAGAAAGCAAAUUGAAAUCACCAUUAGAAAAACAUCACUCAGAUGCCCUAGUGAAUUUCCUCUUAAGGAUUGCAUGUCAGGUUAAUGAACCAUCAACUGCUGUGGGAUCACAAGGAGAGAGUCUCUCACGCAGAUGUGUGCUACUUUUAAAGACUACGCUAAAACCAGAUUUGUGGCCAGGUGCCGAUCUCCGUGUUGCUUGGCUUGACAAAUUGCUAGUUACAGUGGAGCAAACUCCAGCAGCAAACUAUGCCAAUGUUUGCACUGCCAUUGAAAUCUUGACAUACCUGUUAUCAGUUCUGCCUCAGCAAACAAUAUUAACAUUGUUCAAGCCGCUGCAACGUGGAAUAGCCACUUGCAUGACUUGUCAAAAUACUAAGGUUAUUAGAGCCAUUCACACAUUAUUGGGAAGAUUGAUGACACUGUUUCCUCUUGAUCCAACUGCUACAAAGUAUGAAGAGCUUGAGGGUCUGUACAACAACAUUGGAAAAGUUAUCUGUGAUGGACUAACCAAUUUUGAAAGGGCUACAAAUGCUGCAACAUCUAUCUUGUAUGGACCAUUGAUGAUUCUCAAGGCUGCAUGUGUGCAUAACCCAUCUUACAUUGACAACCUCAUGAAUCCAUUUAUGAGGGCACUUCAAAGGAUGCACAAAGACCACAUCAAUGCUGUGUUAGGAGAGAGUACAGGUGCCAGUGAGAUGCUUAUUUUGUGUUUGGAGCUGAUCAAGAAUAGAAUAGGAGUAAUGACUGCAGAAAUACGAAAACAUUUCUUCACCAUUGUUGUCACUCUUAUUGAGAAAUCUCCAGAUUCCAAAUUACUGAGGGCCAUUACCAAAAUUGUUGAAGAAUGGAUCAAAACAAAAGUGACUCAGCUGACUAUACAGCAUCUCCCAACGCUACGAGAAAAAACAGUUCUGUUGUACCGAAUGAUGAUUAACUAUGAGAAAAGAUUCCCAGACGAUUUUGAACUGCAGGCACAAUUCCUGGAGCUAGUAAAUUUUGUAUACAGAGAUGAAACACUCUUAAUCACAGAGUUGGCAUCUAAACUUGAACCAGCAUUCCUCUCAGGUCUGCGUUGUGUGCAACCUCAAAUCAGAUCACGAUUUAUGGAGGUUUUUGAUAAGACCAUGAAGAAAAAACUCUAUGAUCGUCUCGUUUAUAUCUUUUGCUCACAGAAUUGGGAAGCCAUGGGUGCACACUUUUGGAUCAAGCAAUGUAUAGAGCUGCUACUUGCUGUGUCAGAUUGUGAACGUCCAAUCACACCAUCCAGUACCUUCAGURUGCUGCCAUCCAUGACAUCCUUCAUACGCUCAGAUGACAGUCCACUUGCCAAGGAAAUCUUGAGCAAAGCUACCAGUAACAUUAACGAAUCUAAAUUACAAGAAUCCAUGGAAACUGAUGAGAAGAAAGAGGAAACAGAAAAAGAAAAAGAAAAUAUAUUCUUGUUUGGAGAGUCUGAUGCCAAUAAACUAUUUGAAUUAAUGGAAAAGAGGAACAAAGUUGAAAACAGUCAGCAUGUAAUACAGAAUUUAGUGGCAAUUCAUACAAAAUUUCUUGAAGAGCUACAUAAUGUGAAGUCUGCUUCAUUUCUUGGUGCAAUGGCUCAGCUUUGCCACAGUACCUCAAAGCUUGCACACAAGAUAUGGGUUCACCUUUUUCCACAGUUAUGGAGCAUACUGUCUGAUCGGCAGCAACAGGUAUUGGCAGGAGAAUUAAGUCCAUUCAUGUGUAGUGGAAGUCACUUGGUUCAGGUGGAUGUACAUCCAAGUGCAGUACACAGUAUUCUAGAGGGUGUGUCUAAAUGUGAUCCAGCAAUACCAAUUAGACCUUGUAUAUUAAAGUACCUUGGGAAGACACACAAUUCUUGGCAUCGGUCUGCUUUAACUCUGGAAGAGUAUGCAUUACUAUGUGAUGAGUUCACAAAUCCACACAUCACACAGCAACAAUCCCUGGAUUACACGUUGUAUGAUGAAGAUGCAACAGAGAUCAAUCCCAAUGAAACAUUGGAUAGUCUGGCAGAAAUGUAUUCAUUAUUGAAUGAAGAAGAUAUGUGGGCCUCACUAUGGCAACAGCGAUSCAGGAAUCCAGAAACAGCAACUGGAAUAGCCUAUGAAACACAAGGAUUCUUUGAGCAAGCUCAAACUGUGUAUGAAAUGGCUAUGAACAAAGCUCGUGAUGAGCACAAUAAAGCGCCUGCAAGCCCUGCUGUUCUUUCAGAAUACAAGCUUUGGGAGACGCAUUGGCUGAGGUGUGCUAAAGAGUUAGGUCAGUGGGACUUACUGAUGGAGUUUGGUAAAUCAAAGAGUCACCCUAAUCCAGUAUUAGUACUGGAAAGUUCUUGGCGUGUUCCUGAUUGGCAGGCAAUGAAAGAUGCUCUAUCUCAGGUUGAGUUAAAUUUCCCAGAAAACAUUGCAUACAAGCUCAGUCUUUACAGAGGAUUUGUUGCUAUCUGUCAUCCAGACGAACCACAUCUUAAUAUGGUUGAUAAACUGGUGGAGCAUUCCACAUCCCAAUCCAUUCGACAGUGGAGGCGACUUCCACCAAUAAUAUCGCAUCAGCAUUUACCACUACUUCAGGCUGCUCAACAAAUUAUUGAAUUACAAGAAGCAGCACAAAUUCACAUUGGAUUGCAGCCCAAUAGUGUUGGUAGAAGUGCAAGCUUACAUGACAUGAAGGCCAUAGUGAAAACGUGGAGGAAUAGACUGCCAAUGCCCUCAGAUAAGCUUUCUCAUUGGAGUGACAUCUUUAUGUGGCGUCAUCAUCAUUACCAGGCCAUUGUUGCUGCAUAUGACGGCCAGUCUUCACAUGAGCAACAAUCAAACCAUGCCAUGUUGGGUGUUCAUGCUUCUGCCUGGGCCAUCAUCCAUUAUGGUUAUAUUGCAAGGAAACAAAAUCUUACUGGAGUAUGUCUAGACUCGCUCAGCAGGAUCCAUACAAUACCCAGUGUCCCUAUAGUUGAUUGCUUUCAAAAGAUUCGACAACAGGUCAAAUGCUACCUACAAAUGGCUGGUAGUAUGGGGAAGACAGAGCUACAAGAAGGUCUUGAAGUAAUUGAAUCAACCAAUCUAAAGUAUUUCACAAAGGAAAUGACAGCUGAAUUCUUCGCUUUGAAGGGCAUGUUUCUAGCUCAUAUUGGAAGAUCUGAAGAUGCAAAUAAGGCUUUUUCACAGGCAGUACAGAUGCAUGACUCGCUGGUUAAGGCCUGGGCAUUAUGGGGYGAUUACUUGGAUAAUCUAUUUACUAGAGAAAGGAAUAUGCAGCUUGGAGUAUCUGCCAUUGUGUGCUAUUUACACGCUUGUCGUCAUCAAAAUGAAGCCAAAUGCAGAAAGUAUCUUGCAAGAACCAUCUGGUUAAUGACUUAUGAUGACGAAAAGGGUUCCAUAGCUGAUGCGGUUGACAAAUAUUGUGUUGGUGUCCCRCCUGUUCACUGGCUACCUUGGAUACCACAGCUAUUUACAUGUCUAGUACGACGAGAAGGACAAAAGAUACUCAACUUGCUUGGUAACAUAGGGCGAGUCUAUCCACAGGCGAUGUAUUUUCCCAUUCGAACUCUUUACUUGACAUGGAAAAUAGAACAAAGAGAAAGACACAAAGUUGAAGCUGCUGCUGCARUUAAUCGUACAAUGAGUCAAAGUACAUCAGCUAGUGUUGCCUCACCAAMCUCUGCCAAUGAUAACAAAACACCGUCAUCUAGUGACACUGGUACUAAAGGUACAUCAACAACCAUAACAACCUCGCAAGCUACAUCGACAGGUGUAAUAUCAUCAUCCUCUGUUAUGGCCAAGUCGUUGACAACCUCGUCGUCCACACCCAUAUCUACUGGUGGCUCAUCUGAGCAUGGAGGAAACCCUUCGACUAGCUCAAAUUCAAGUAGUCAGAGUGACACAGGUACUAUACGGGCUACUGCACAAAUGUGGCGAUGCAGCAAGAUAAUGCACAUGUUGAGGGAUCUUCAUCCUACAUUAUUAUCUGCCCUUGAGGGAAUUGUUGAUCAGAUGGUUUGGUUUCGUGAAUGUUGGCACGAAGAAGUGCUUCGUCAACUACGACAAGGUUUAACUAAGUGUUACCAAGUGGCUUUUGAAACGAGAGGGGAUGUUUCCAAUGCCCGUAUUACUCCACAUACAUUAAGCUUUGUCAAGAAGUUGGUCAGUACAUUUGGGAUUGGAUUUGAACCAGCCUCCAGUGUUUCAACAACCUUAUCGACAGCAGCGUCCGAAUCGCUUGCGAGACGAGCGCAAGCAACCGCACAAGACCCAGUCUUCCAGCGUUUGAAAGAGCAAUUUGCAACAGACUUUGAUUUCAGUGUUCCUGGGGCGAUGGGACUUCAUAAUCURAUUGGAAAACUUAAGAAAUGGAUAAAGAUUCUUGAAGAAAAGGCAAAAYUGUUACCAAGCUCUUUCCUGCUUGAAGAUCGAUGUCGUUUCCUGAGUAACUUUACAACUUCUACUGCUGAAGUAGAACUUCCUGGAGAAUUUUUGAUGCCAAAAGCGAACACACAYAGUCCAUAUUACAUUCGAAUCGCAMGAUUUAUGCCAAGAGUUGAGCUCGUUCAGAAACAUAAUUUCUCUGCACGAAGACUCUUUAUUAGAGGCAAUAACGGCAAGGUCUAUCCGUAUCUUGUGGUAAAUGAUGCUUGUAUGACAGAGUCUCGUAGGGAAGAGAGAAUACUACAACUUUUAAGACUGCUCAACUUGUACUUUGAGAAGAGAAAAGAAUCUUGUAAAAGAAACUUGCUGUUCACUGUACCGAAAGUGGUUGCUGUAUCACCUCAAAUGCGACUUAUUGAGGACAGUCCGUCGUUGAUAUCUCUGCGAGAAAUUCUUAGUAAGCGUUGCGGCCGUAAACACCUUCAGUCGGACUCUCCAAUAGCACUUUACUAUGACCGUCUGGCUGCUGUUCAAUCACGUGGCUUACAAGUCACUCAUCAAGUGCUGAGGGACAUUCUACGAGAAAUACAAGGAACUAUGGUGCCAGAGUACAUGGUUAAGGAGUGGGCACAAUAUACAUAUGCAGACCCUACCGAUUACUGGACAUUCAGAAAACAGUUUUGUGUUCAACUAACUCUACUUGGCUUUGCUGAAUUCACACUUCACCUAACAAGACUUGGGCCAGAAAUGCUUCAAGUUGCCCAGGAUAGCGGUCGUCUUACAGUUACCUACUUUAGAUUUGAAAUCGACGAUUCUAAAGGCGAACUAGAUGCCAAUAGACCAGUACCUUUCCGUCUAACGCCAAACAUUGCUGAAUUUGUUACACCGGUUGGUGUCAAUGGYGUCAUGACUUCUGCUAUGGUGGCUGCUGCUCGAUGUUUGGUUGAACCUCAGUUCAGUAUACAAAGUAUAUUACGAGCUGUGAUUAGAGACGAGAUGAUAACGUGGCAUAAAAAGAAGCAAGACGACACUCAUCCAUUGGCCGUGGUAUCGUCUCCUUCUGACAUGGACAGUGAACUACUAAUAACCCUUGUCAAUGGCGCCGUUAAUGCUAUAACAACUAGACUACAAAAUUUAGCCCAGUAUGAAGGAGGGGAAACUAAAGUUUCAACUUUGAUUCAAGCUGCCACAAGUGCUGAUAAUCUGUGCCGCAUGGAUCCUGCAUGGCACCCCUGGCUAUAGUUAACAAAUAUCUAAAUACAUGCAAUUGACGUACUAAACGUUUUAACCAGCAAAACGUUUCUUAGACUAUUCUGCUUUAGAAUCCAAUUUGAAAACGAAAUGAAGGUCACCGGUUUAAAUACUACACUCGGCCAGUUUAUAUGUUUAUUCUAGUCAAACACCAGCUACUGUCUAUGGAUGUAUUUUGUAUACGAAGACUUUGUGAAAUACGAUUAGUUAUUUAUUUUACGGCAUUUUAGUAACAAAUUAAUUAAAAACAUUUUGUAAUCAAA